CCCCCCCCCCCCAUUGCAACUUGGGCUACAAUGAAUUGCUUCGUAGUUCGCCGUCGAUUGUUGGGUUCAGCCUCGAAGACCACGGUAGGAAAGUAGAAUGAAGAUCACAAAAGCUGAGCAGCGGCACGCAUCGGGGGAGGUGGAGUCCCCGAACGCAAAAGAAGGGCGUAAAACAUGCUUGAUCAUUGGGUAGCCACGGUUCCAGCGCCUUGGGAGGCGAUCGUGCAGUAGGUCAUGCUGCCAGCAUCGAUAGAUUUAUUGGUUGUAUGAACGUGGGGUGGUGUGGGUUGAUGUUGCUUUUCGGUUCGAGCUGGGGGCUAGAGGGAGCUGUCCAGGGCCUACCAAUCCGGUGCUCGGUAGCAGCACCAUUCGGGCAAUAUCAGCAGGGAAGCAAGCCAUGGUGCGCGCAUGACUACCGGCGAGGACUGUUCUGGCGAAGUGACAUGGGCUGUUCGCGAAAGCCUGACUGUAGAUCGCUUCACCUAGUACACGUGUGAUCCUCGAUUCCAAGGUAAGGCAGGUCAGCCUUGGAGUUGAUGCCCGAUAAUGCCGAGG